AUGUGGCGCAAUAGCCAGAGCAAAGCUUCUGCUAAUUACCUGAAGAAGCAGUUCGACGCGCCGCCGUACGCGCAGCAGGUGCAGCUGGAGCAGCAGGCCGAGGUGCGCUGCCACCCGCCGCCGGGCGUGCCUCCCCCGCGCGUCUACUGGCUGCGCAACGGCGUGCCGCUCGAGCCCGACACCAACCUCAUCGUGUCGAGCGAGGGCCACCUGCUGGUGGGGCAGGCGCGCCUGCAGGACACCGCCAACUACAGCUGCGUCGCCGAGAACGUGGCCGCGCGGCGCGUCUCCGAGCCCGCGCAGCUCACCGUCUACGUGAACGGCGGCUGGUCGCCCUGGUCGCCGUGGUCCGAGUGCAGCGCGCGCUGUGGGCGUGGCUCGCAGAAGCGCUCCCGCCAGUGCUCCAACCCCGCGCCCCUCAACGGCGGCGCGCUGUGUCCGGGACCGUCCGUGCAGCGCACCGACUGCACCACCAUCUGCCCACGCGGCGCCCGCGAGGAGGGCAUCAACUACGACGGCGCGCAGCUGGCGGAGGAAGCGAAGCGCGCCGACGUGGAGACGGACGUGGCGCUGUACAUCGGGCUGGCGGUGGCGUGCGCCGUCUUCACGCUGGUGGCGGUGCUGAUCGUGCGCAUGCUGCGGCGCAAGGGGCGCGACCACAGCAUGUACAACAUGGCGGCGUCCGAGUACCAGCCCGAGUACUUCCCCGAGCACGACAAGAAGGGUCUGACGCUGCAGUCGGCGGCGGCGGCGGCGACGGCACAGCCGGACCUCACGCAGUCGGCCGUGCUGGGGGUGACGGUGCCGCCCGGGUACGAGUACCCGUUCUCCGAGCCGCAGCACCUGUCGCGCUCGUGCAGCGAGCACCACUACGACGUGCCGCAC